AUGGCAAAUGUUUUGUUAAAGUGCUAAUUAGUUAAUAGACAUGUAAAUUUUGGUAUAUAUUCUAGAACAAACUCAAGUCAAUUUGCUCGCUGGAAAGACAGACGGAGGAGGAGGAUGUACUUUCCACUGGGUUGGCCCAAGCGAGUCAGCCUGGCGCUGCCGGGGCAAGCGACUCACAUUCGUCACAUAACCUGUGAUGCUGUCAAGAUACUCGUUGCCGCUGUUGGCUCCGAUUUUCUGGGCAUUUGGUAUGCAAAUCCGCUGCUGCCAAUUGCAUAUUAUUGCCGCAGCACUGAAUCUCUACAGGAGUUUGGCAGUAAUCAAUUAAUCAUAUGGAAACCCGACUCCAGGCAGCUGGCCGUGCUAACGGAUGCGGGCGCCCUGCUCCUCUAUCAACUCGACUUUGAUGCCAAUGGCAGUGGCAUACUCAUGCAGGUGGAUCCACCCGCAUUGAGUCUGAAACGCGAUUCCGCUGAGCUUUUCAUCAAGGAGAACAUUCCCCGUUUGAGCCUGCGCGAGGUGCGCUGCGUCACCCUGGACUCAGUCAUCUCCAAUGUGUGCUGCAUAAGUCUGACUGAAAUGCUCUUGGCCACGGAAUCGUGCGAACUGUUGCGACUGCAAUGGUCUCAACUGGAGACGAUCGACGAGGAUCUGCAGCCGCUGGCUGUAAUCAAACUGCGCGACAUUCCCUUCUAUGUGCAGCAACAGCAGCAGCAGCCCGCUAAAUAUUUGCCCCCCAUUGGCAAUACGGCGUUUGUCGCCUCGCUUGAAUAUUCCCCAUUUAUAGGCGGAUGUGCGGCUGUGUUCAGUGAUCAGCGUGCCGCAUUCCUCAUUGCGGAUCAUCUGCGUUUCGAGACGGCGCACAUGCAUGGCUGCUGGGUGCCGGAUGUCUGCGAUGCAAGUGUUUGCAGUGUGAAUCACAAGUUCCGACUGCUUGCGUACGGGCAACAGAGCUCGGCGGUGGCUGUUUAUGCCAUCGAUGAUGCCACAGCUGGAUUGGAGUAUUCGCAUACGCUGAUGCUGACGGAGAAUGUGUUGCCUGGCAGCUUGGGCGCUGUCAAUGAGCUCAAGUGGAGUCCAGAUGGUUGUGUGCUCGCCGUGAGCUGGACAAACGGUGGCCUGUCGUUGUGGAGCACCUUUGGUGCCCUCUUGAUGUCCACGCUGAGCUGGGACUUUGGUUUGCAUGUGGAUCUGCUGAAGCGAAAUCCCUUGCAGCUGCGUCGCCUGGAGUGGUCCACCGAAGGCUAUCAGCUGUUCAUGACGUGCCGCGAGGGAGAGAACAAUGUGCUCCAGCUGCAGUUUGUGAAGAGCGCAUUGAGCAUGAAUCCCUGCAUGAGCGCCCACUCACACAUUCUGCUCCAGGGUGACGAUUGCUUGUAUAUCAAUCAGGGUGACAAUUUGGAGCAGACCUAUGGCAAUGCCAAUUGCACGUUCCCCAGCAGUUCGACUGCUCGCACCGACGACUGCGUAGAGCUGAAGCAAAGCCCGAAUAUGGGCAGCAUUUUAACGGAGAGCAAAUACUGGACGUUGCUCCAACUGCCACUCAACUAUGCGGCCACCAAUUGGCCCAUACGCUACGCAGCCAUAGAUGCGGCUGGCUUACACAUUGCGGUUGCUGGACGCACUGGAUUGGCGCACUAUGCUAUGCUCAGCAAGAAGUGGAAACUGUUUGGCAACGAGUCGCAGGAGAAAGACUUUGUGGUGUCGGGUGGCCUGCUCUGGUGGCAGGGCUUCAUUGUUAUGGGCUGUUAUUCGCUGUUGGAUCGCACGGAUGAGCUGCGCUGCUAUCCGGCCGAAUGCAAGCUGGACAAUCAAUAUGGACACAAGAUCCAGGUGCGAGCGCCCGUCAUCAGUUUAAAUACGUAUCGAAAUCAGUUGAUUGUCCUGACGGCGGAUGGGAUUGUCAGCCUUUUUCGCAUGCACAGACAGUCGGCGUACAGUAUCAACGUGGAGUGCGCCUAUGAGCUGGACGUGAAGAGCAUUUGCAUACAUCCCGCUUGCAUUGUUAGCUUAACAGUGACCAAUUUGCGCAAUGAGCUAAAGCCACAGCAACAAAAUGCGGAGGCGGAGACGAUUGUGGUCAAUGUUUGUGGACGCAUACUGAUGAUACAACGAGAGGAUGCCGCCCAGCAGGUGCCCAAUACACUGUUGGCCACCUGUUUGGCAAGCUGUGUGGAAUGUUUCUGGCUCUCCCACAAUCUGGAGCACUGCGCCAUGCGCGACUGCCUCUGGCUAUAUUCUGGGGCGCACGGCAUGCGCGUCUGGCUGCCCAUUCUGCAGCAACGCUCGGAGCAGAGUGGCGCUCAGCAGCGUUUGCAUAGCUUCAUGUCCAAACGGAUUAUGUUGAGCUUCCCCUUAAAACUCUAUCCACUUGUCAUACUCUUCGACAAUGUGAUUGUGCUGGGUGUGGAGAACGAAAGCACCCUGUAUACGAACGAGACGAACUCCCAUUUUGCUUUGCCCUUCGCUUUGAUGGAACGCAAAUCGCAGGUGUAUCUGCAUAAGGUGCUGCGCCAGUUGAUCAAACGCAACUUGGGCUAUUCGGCCUGGGAGAUUGCGCAAUCUUGCCGGAGUUUGCCCUACUUUCCACACGCCCUGGAGUUGCUGCUCCACGAAGUUCUGGAGGAGGAGGCCAGCAGCAAACAUCCCAUACCCGAUGCCCAGCUGCCGAGCAUUUUGGAUUUCAUACGCGAGUUUCCCGUCUAUCUGGAGACGAUUGUGCAAUGUGCGCGUAAAACUGAAAUUGCACUUUGGCCCUAUCUGUUCAGCAUGGCCGGGAAGCCCAAGGAGCUGUUUCAUCUCUGCCUGCAGGCGGAGCAACUGGAAACGGCGGCAAGUUAUUUAAUCAUCAUUCAGAAUCUGGAGCCGUCGUCAGUUAGUAAACAACAUGCGAAUAUGCUGCUCGAUAUCGCGCUGAAUCAACGUAAAUGGGAACUGGCCAAGGAUCUGAUCCGAUUCCUCAAGGCCAUCGAUCCCAAUGAGAUUGAUUCGCCACGGUGCUCAAUGGUGUUGAAUGUGAAAAUUGCACCACCUCAACCCCAAACUCAAACGCAGGUCAAUCAAAAUGCGGAUGUCUUCAAUUUGGUGCUUGGACCGAUAGCGACGCGAGAGCGCAGUUAUUCCACCACCGUAACAAGCAAUUUGCCCAAGGACAACAAGCAGCAACAAAGCGUGCCAGCCUCUGUGGAGCGAAGUGAGGCGCCCAGCGGUGGAGUGGGCAGCAACGUAGCCUCAGCGACUGUCGUUCGUCGUAAGUCGACCAAGGAACGGCAACAGCGGGAAAUCUUCAACAUUGAUCUAAUCCUGCAGCGACAUGCACGCCAAUUGCUGCAGCAGCACAAGUUGCUGGAUUUGGGCUACAUGUGCGCCUAUCUCGACUUCCAUUUGGUCAGCUGGCUAACGCAGGAAUCGACAGCCACAACGCGGCUGGAUAAUUUUGCCUCAGCACUGCAGGCCUUACAUGCAGAACUCCAGUUGCCCAGCCCAUUCCCUGCAGCGGGACGGGAUGAUUUUGCGGUGUUGCGCGGCACCCAUCAGCUGACUGGAGCCGCUGGUGGUGGUAGCUCAUCUCAAACCUCGGAGUCUGGUUACUUUAGUCUUGCUGCGCAGCUGGAGUCGCCACAGUUGCAGCCGUGCAUCAAGGAGGAAGAGGAACUGCAGCACAGCUCAUUGCCCACUCUAAAGAAUCGCUCCAGUUCGCAGUUGUCGUUCGAUAACUUUCGCUAUCGCCGCCUCUACUCGCUGCCCGCUUCGGACGAUGACAACAUCGAUGCGGUUGCCUGCUAUUUGAACGAUAAGUUGGCCAUUAAGCUGCGCUAUCUUCUCCAGCUCUUCAUCGAGGCCAAUUGCACGGACUAUGCGCUCAUGCUGUCCAUUUUGCUGCAGGACGCGGCUUCGAUAUCACGUAUUGUAAACGUUGUCAUACGCAGUGAAUCAGUGGGCACCUGCCGACGCAUCGAGGCCGCCCUGAAGCAGCUGAGUCAGUGUACCUUCGACAAUGGUGGCUCCAUGUAUCGUGGCUUUGUGAUGACACUGCAGCCACACAUUUACCUGCUGGAGCAGUAUAUUCAGUCGCUGGGCGAGGCGGCAGUGAACGAUAGCAUUGACGAUAGCAAUGAGUUGAGCGCCGAUGCGGCAUCCGUGCUGGAGAAUGAUCCAUUGGAUGGGUCCAAUAAUAACUUUGUGCCAAAAUGCCAGCAGCUGCCCAACGGCAACCAGCGGUCGUCGGAGCAGCGUCUGACUCGACAUGCCAGUCUCGAAUCUAAAUCGAAAUCCAAUGGUAAUCCCGGAAAUCCCUCCUCCACACAGUCGACGCCCACGCAACAGCUGCAACGUCGUGGCAGUCGGGAGGCGCCACGCGACGGUUGUCGGCUCAUGUAAUCAUCGUGUAAUCACACAGAAAUAGAAUUCACAUACUCAAUGCAUGUACGUAAUAAUAAUACAGACGCAUACAAAAGUAUGUUGGUAUAUUUUUUAAGGAUUUUCUUGCAUGUUGCUGUGUUCUUGUAAUUGUUGAAAGAAUUUUGUUAAUUGUUAAAGGCCGAACUCAGAAUGAAAUAGACAUCGAUGAAUAGAUAACGAUUACGUUGUAAGCAAAUAUCUGUAUUAAUAAUACGUAUAUAAAUGGAAUUCAUAAUAUAAUAGAUGAAUUUUGCUGCAAUAUUUGUUAAUUAUAAAAUUUACAACAAACUCUAAUCUUAAUUAUACAAAUAUAUAUUUUUACUAAUAAAAUAACAACUAGACAAA